CCUCGCUCAGGCCCUCACUCCUCCAGACUUCAUUUCCUUCCUUUUCCUCUCCCCCGGGCUACCGUCGUCGAAUCCUCUACCCAGGCCACCGUCCACCGAACCCUCUCCGCCGAACACCGGCAUCCUUCCACCAUAGCGCGCCACCUCGAAGGAAUUCUGAUCUCAAAGCCGCCGUUCUCCACCUCUCCCUACUGGACAGGCGUGGAGCGGAAAUCUACCCGGAAAUGGAUUGAUUUCUUUUGUAGGCCUCACUUGUGGUCUUAACAUCAGAGUUCAUGCAUCCAUUCUUGAACUCCAUUUCACAUACACCACAUUAGGGAGCUGCUCUAUACUAAUAUUAACAAAUCUUUGAAAACAAAGGUGCACUCUCCGCUACUUAGAAAAUUGGAUUACACCCUACAUGAGAAGAAAGUAUGGGUGUGGCACCAGGAAGCAAGGCAGAGAGAAAAGCAGCAUUAGAUGCUGGAGCAUGGAUGUUCAAUGUUGUGACAUCUGUUGGUAUAAUCAUGGUCAACAAGGCCUUAAUGGCUACACAUGGUUUUAGCUUUGCUACAACGUUAACUGGGCUGCAUUUCCUAACCACGACCUUGAUGACAUCAGUAAUGAAAUGGUUGGGAUAUAUUCAGCCAUCCUACUUACCAUUGCCAGAACUAGUAAAAUUUGUCUUCUUUGCAAACUUAUCAAUUGUUGGGAUGAAUGUUAGCUUGAUGUGGAACUCUGUUGGAUUCUAUCAGAUUGCCAAGUUGUGUAUCAUUCCAGUUUUGUGUUUUCUAGAAAUCCUCUUUGACAAAGUUCGUUACUCAAGAGAUACAAAACUCAGUAUAAUGCUUGUCCUAGUUGGUGUUGCUGUGUGUACUGUAACUGAUGUUAGUGUGAACUCUCAAGGGUUGAUAGCUGCAAUAAUAGCGGUCUGGAGCACUGCACUACAACAGCAUUAUGUUCAUCAUCUUCAACGGAAGUACUCGCUUGGCUCAUUCAACCUCUUGGGUCAUACUGCUCCUGCUCAGGCAGUGUCGUUGUUAAUAUUUGGUCCUUUUGUGGAUUUAUGGUUGACUGACAAAAGAGUUGAUACUUUUGAUUAUACCAUGGUAGUUACGUUCUUCAUUGUAUUGUCGUGCAUAAUUGCUGUUGGUACCAAUCUAAGCCAGUUCAUAUGCAUCGGACGAUUCACAGCUGUCUCGUUUCAAGUUCUAGGCCACAUGAAGACUAUUCUCGUGCUGACCCUGGGUUUUUUCUUCUUCGGAAAAGAGGGCCUUAAUUUCCAUGUCGCACUUGGCAUGACCAUAGCUGUUAUUGGCAUGAUUUGGUACGGGAAUGCGUCGUCCAAACCAGGAGGCAAAGAGCGGCAGGUUUACAUACCAAUCAGCGAGAAAACACAGAAGCACGGCAUACUGUCAUCGCAGUCUGAGCUUGAUCUGAAAGUCUGAGGACUGAGAUUAGAAAUACAGGGUUGUUGAACUAAUAGCAGGGCUAGCAGCGCUAUUGAGCAUCAAGUUGCGGCAAUCCGAUUUAUUCUCUUCAUUCAUACACUUUUUCGACGUUUCCGUUUUGUAGCCAUAGCUAAAGGAGAGUACCUGAGCGAAAUGAAAUUGACUUUACUUUUCUGGCAAAUGUCACAACCAAAUAUAGUGGUAAGAUAAUCUAAUUAUACAACAUUUUGAUUUUGUAA